CAAAUGUGCUUAGUUUUACAAGUUUGAAAUACAUCAAUUUGUAAAAAUAAAGAAAUUCAAAAUUCGUUCUUCUAGUAACAUUCCUUGAAAAAAGCAAGUUUUUAAAAGAUUUUUGUUGUUUUUUUUUCUUUUGCUUUUUGCUUAUUUUCUACACAAGAAUGCUGCGUCACGGUCCUAUUAAGCGGUCUGAUGUAACUCGACGUUUGUGUGGCGUUGGCUUGGGCAUUGGAAAAUCGCCACAGCCAGCGCCUCCGCCAUUGCCGCCUUUACCACAUUCCAAUCGUUCAAUAGUUAGAUUGGUGAAAGUCUUACCCGUACACAUGCAGGACACGAUUGAACGUCUGAGCUUCCUAAGUCAAUUGGGCGUCGAUCGCGAUAUGGCCGAUCAAUUAGUGAAGAUUUCGUUUAGCUCACGUGAAGUUGAUCAGCAGAUGCGGAAUAUCAUGCAGAAGACAAUGUUCAAUGAUCGUGGAUUGAAGGUGGAGCAGAAGAUGGCUGUAUUAAACGAAGUACUUUAUCUUUUGGAGCCGAUGAAUAAAUACAAACCGCUGCCAAUUUCAAAUAGUGACGAUACUGAUAAUGGUUUACCUAAGGAACUGAUCAAAUCGGAAAACGCGGACAUUUUAUGCGUUUAAUUAUGGAGAUAUAAACGUCAUAUGAUAUAUGUAUAUACAUAUGUAACAAAUUGUGUAAAAGUGAAAAGUGAAAUACAUACAUUUCUUGUGUUUACUACCCAAA